AUUUCUUCUGCUCCCUCUAUUCUAUCUUCCUUCACUUGGUUCUAAGGGGACGAGGCAUGAAGAAAAGGAGCAAAAUGGGUGGGGCUAGUUGACUCUCUAGUGAUUUCAUGUCUCCAGAAACCAUGUUCAAAAUCAACUUCCAGAAAACAUGGGUGACGAUGAUCUGACUCCGAUACGGGUCAGGGGCAAGAGACAUAAAAUACCAGUCUCUCAGGACAAAGAGACGGCGCGAAGAAGACAAAAGCGUCGUGGUAAGUAUCCGCAGGGCCGUGUCCCCGUUAAACCCAGCAAGCGGAAGGUUCAGGAAAAUAUCCCGCCCCGCGAUGGCAAGAGAAUAAAGUCCGAGGGCACCAAGAUCAGCCGCCUCGAAGCUCUGCCAGCGGAAUUGAUUGAGAAAAUCUUCCUCGAUUCACUGGAGCCUAAUCUAGCCUGGGCAUCGCCGCGUUUUGGGGCCAUACUGUCCAGGAAGCGCAUCUACAAAAUCUUAACUUUCCUCGCCUUCUUCAACGACCAUGAACCUCCAGAGCUGCCUCCAGACGACAACGUCGCCUCUUUCAUCUCAAACAUUCUCCGGCCUCUGAAAUACGUACCUCUGGAUGUUGAUACGCAAAAGUCGCUUCAGCAUGAUGUCCUCGGCUGUCGAUGGUUCACUUUACCUCUUCUCAAGGAAUGCCAACGUGAUAUGUUUUACGCGGCGAUGCAGAAACGAAUUUUUGGUCCCAGUGCACCAACUGUGGCAUUCGAUCCCGCAUCGAGAGAUGUUUUGAAUCAACGCCUUGGUGAGGAGGACCCCGGGCAAUGGAACAUGAUUUUACCAGGAACUAUCCGGCGUGAUGACCUUUGUGCUUUGUAUAUUUGCCCUUCAACAGUUUCGUUUAUGGAGCCGUCGGGGGUUGCUCACUUCUUACCAAUGGUCAUUUGGACAAUCCCUGACAAAUUUUUUGAACGGCGGCCGUGGACUGACGAAAAAUUCCAACUUCUACAUCACCUGCUCAUGUUUACUCCUUAUGGCCUGGUAUUAGAUGUCCCUGCAGAGAUUUACCCCAGUCUCUCUUCGUUCGAUAUUCCACGGGAAAGAAUACAAGAUUGCAUUCAUCAUGCCAUCAUGGAGGAAAACGUUUGGAUUCUGUCUGAGCUAUUGGCAUGGGAUGAAAGGGCUUAUAAUUGCGCUAUUAACGGCGUGGACAUGCCCGAGUAUGAGAUACGCGGUGAACAUUUCAUAACCGCUGUAAAGCGAUCCGAAGGCCCGGGUCUUCUGCAGGUUUUACUACGUGGAGGUGCGGAAUCGAUACCGCAUGACGACCCGGAAAUUACGGAAUGGGCAUUGAGACAAAAAAAUGGUGAAUUUGGUGAAUUUGGUGAAUGGCUCCUGAGCUAUCUCGUUGAAGUGCCACCUCGAAGGCAGGGUCUGUUCUCGCUCUUUGAGGGCGGCUGGGCUUUGCGUUACCGCCGUGGGCGUGAUUUUCCCGAUGAUCCACAAUGUUACGUUUGGUGGGAGGGAUUUGAAAAAUAUGUCAAAGAUCAACUGCCCAAGGGUAGACACUCACGUAGCCUUUUGCACUCCUUUUUAAUGACGCCUGACUGGUCACAGUUGAGCAUGAUUAAACAGAAAAAAGCCGAACAUGGGUAGUAUAUAGACUAUUAUCAUCGUCCCCAUCUUUCAUACAUACUAGAUCUUCUCCUUUUUAUAAAAGUAAUCGGUGGGUGUUGUGAUGAGGAAAUACUCUUCAGUUCUAUUUCUAACCCCGCCCCACCCUUAUCCCUGACAUGGACAACUCUAGAGCCAAUGCAGAUUCUCUUCGGAGCAGUUCAGAGCAACGAUCCUCGAAACAUGUCCGGGAUAUGCACCUUCAACUAACAAAAGGCAAAUUAUAUACCUGCCUGCAUCUUUGCCAAUCGCGGCACGCAUUUUUCGAAACUUACUUUCACGGCGAAAAGCGAGAAAGAGAUAGAAACAGAAAUACUAAUCUAAACUCCCUCUAUUGGAAUUAUAUAUCCAAAAGAUAGAAAAUCUGCUUUUCUUUUUUGCCUUGUUAUUUUAUUUUUAUUCAUUUAUAUUUUCUUAUACUCUGUAUACGCCCGCCCACCUGUUCUCCAGAACUUAAAACGAGCCAUUCGUUCUCGCACAGUUACCCAGCUAAAGAGGCAGAACAAAAAACCGUCAUCAGCAACAAAUAGUAAAUGUUCCUUCAGCCGUACUUUGUCCAUACCCAGGAGCCUGGCUCCUCGACGCAGCCACGUAGUUAGUUACUGUACAUUAAAGGGCACUUUUCAACAGAGCCAAUGACACUGACGCGCUGAAAAUUUCUGCAACACUGAUCGAGUAUCGAUCCACGGUGAAGAGGCUCGGAGGAAUUUGGAGGCGUUGCUGAGCAAUGACCAUAUGUACUGCAGAGUAUUUCAGAUGUACCCAUCCGUGGUUCGUAGUUCAGUUGCUGCAGCAGGCCAAUCAAUGAGGUACAUGUACUGCUUUUGCUAUUGUAUAACUGUAUACAAGCUGGCUAGCUAGAGAGUUUUAUUUUCAUCCCAAUUCGUUACAACCAUAUCCUUCGUGAUGUUAAGAGAGCAAGGAAAUCAUAUAUGACGCGAGCUUCAGAUGGGCGAUAUUGGCACUGAUGGCCCCAGGGUUUUGAUAAAGGAAAUCUUUUUUAUUCCACAAGCUCGUAAAACUUCUUCUUCAAGGGCAUGAGAGAUGAAUAGUAUGAACCCAGCAGUCGUCACGGCUAGUCAAAAAGCGAAUCAAAAUAGCUAGCCUGUCGGUUACAUUUCAAGCUGGAAACGGGAAGGAGAUAACUAGUUAUGUCAUCAUUAUCAUCAUAAUAGAAGCAAGAGAUGAUCAAAGUCAAAAGAGCAAAUUUCAACAGCAAAAAAUAUAUAAAUAUAAAUAUAAAAAUGAAAAAAUGAAAAAUAUAAAAAAUAUAGAAUGAAAAUGAAAAAAUAACCACCCUUGACUGCCCACAUCAACUGUACUUUCAUCAUAAAAUUUUCAGCUUUCAAAGAUUUCCCUCUCCCUCUCCCUCUGUUCAUACUUCACCAAGAGAGCCUUGAUACUUUGAUCCGUAGCCGGAACCUCCCCCUUGCGAUCCGUAAACAAAAUCCUCAAGAACGGAUCAUCAUCCUUCCGAUCUGCCAUUCUAGCAGCAGCCCGGUAAUGCGUCUGUCGAACCGGCCACGGGAACGGAUACCCAUAGUUCUUGGCGCGGAUGUGCAUGCCGAGCAUGUACUUGAAGGUCUCUAGGUCACGGUCGUCAAUUACCUGCCGUAACACGGCCUUGGAUCGAUCGCGCCGUUCGUUUUCGUCGAUGUAUGCUUCUGUGGAUAGAAGGGUUAGGAAUUCUAGUUUUUCGGGUGUCCAGGGUGGGCAGAGGAGGCGGUCGGGUAUCCGGCAGGGCUCACGGGUGCUACAGGAGGGGAGGCGGAAGACAUCUGUCUCUUGGAAGAUGGGGCUUCGUUCACGGAUUUGGACGGAGCCGGAGUUGAACCAGAUUGCUAUUUUGCGCGAGGCACUGUGCGUGCUGGCAGCUGAAGCGCCCAGAAUAAUGCUCAUGUUCGUGGUGUUGGGAGCGGGCGUGGGCGUGAUGGGAAUGAAUGUAGAAGUCGAGGGGUUAUUUUCUGGCUGUAUAUUUGGUGGUUGGGAUAUCCGAGCCUCGACGGUGAGAUCACCGCUGCCCCGGCUCCCAGGGGGCCGAGGGUCGAAGCGGUCCAUGGAUUCCCAGUAUGGCUUGAGAUUUUCCAAUUUCUGGCAAUCGGCGCAAGAUAUUCUGAGAUAUUUGCAUUUUUCACGUAUAACAUGUUCCACAUGCUCGCGCUGGCAUUUGCGCAUGAGAGGUAAAGUGCACCAUCGGCACUUGAGGAUUUCAGUUUGAAGGGAAGCCCGUUGCGAAGCUGAGAGGGAAAAGUAGUCAAGGGGGAGGUAAGGCUUUGUGAAGAAGCCAGUUCGGGCCGACUCAUUGUUGCUGCUGAAGGCUAGGCGGAUGAGCCAGGUAUGAAUGACAUCGUUGGACAAGGCAAGGGCGAUGGGGAGAGAUGCGCGAGGGAGAUUAAUUUCUAGACAUUCGAAGAAUAUUUUCUGGAUCAGUUCGAUCGGGAGCCGUUCCAAUGGUGUCCUUCGUAGAGAGUGAUGCCAUUGUUGAUGUUGCCGCGGGCUAUCCAUACUGGGCCGGGGCAUGCCUAGGGCCCCCAUUGACGGAUUCAUUAAGCCUGGUCGUGUAUCUGGAGCCUGGCUCUGGCAAGCAUGUACAUGUAUGUACCUUCCGACGGCGUGGAUGGGAGCUCGUCUCGAGACAUCCACAAAGACUCCGCUUGAACAGCUUUCACCCUUUGGUAUCCAGGUGGUUGAAUUGGGGUGAACUAAAUAUGAAUAACUGUCUCAGUGCAACUGUUUCCGGCCGUCAAGUCUAUGCGCUGCGGAGGAGGAGCCGAUAGAUGCAAAAGAGUCUGACAGAAGGAGGAGCAGCGAGUUUUGAACACUGUGUGUAUAUAUUUGGACGUGUGAAGCGAGGUUUUCGAAUUUUCGUCUGCGCAGUAGAAGGAGCCCAGAGCGUUCAAAGCGGAUCGGACUUCGUCAACAUCCAGAUCCUAGUCUGUUUAUCAUGUGUAGCGUUAUUAUUGAAGUAACCGGGCUUCUUGUCCAAUUUUUUUUUUUUGUAUUUUUCUUUUGCCUUUAUUGCUUAU